AUGUCAGAAAUCAAAAUGGCCAACGCAUCGAACAAUUCUACCGAACAAUGUAACCCACCGUACAGUGAGAGUGAGCAAGCUGUUAUUGCAAUGUACAGUAUUAUCCUAGUGAUUGGAUUGCCAGCAAACAUCUUAACAGCAGUACUGACAUUGAUACAAAUACGUAGAAAAAACGUAUUGGCAGUUUAUCUCUUCAGUCUUUCGAUAAGUGAACUGAUGUACUUGGGGACACUACCUCUCUGGAUCCUCUAUGUAAAGAAUGGACACAACUGGAUAUGGGGUCCAAUGGCUUGCAAAAUUACAGGGUAUAUCUUUUUUAACAACAUAUACAUCAGUAUCUUCCUGCUAUGUUGCAUAUCAAUUGACCGUUUUAUAGCAGUGGAAUUCUCCCUGGAAUCCAGAGGAAUUAGACGUCAAAGAGUUGCUAUUUUGGUCACUUGUAUUCUAUGUGUGUUGGUAGGUUUGACGCACUCUCCAACAUUCAUAUUUAAUGACGGAGAAAAAGAUGGCGAUCCCUGCUUUGAAAAGCUUCCGAUGGACCCACUGAUCGCUCGGUUUUAUUUUGCCAGAUUUGUAAUUGGUUUUCUGAUUCCUUUAUUAAUCCUGAUAUUUACCAACUACACCAUAAAAAGGCGAAUUGAAACAAGCAGUAGCUUCACAGACCAUCAGAAGACAAAAGUGAAGUGGCUAGCGAGGACCAUAAUAAUUAUAUUUAUGAUUUGUUUCGCCCCGUAUCACCUGGUGCUGCUUCUCAGGGCAAUAAUGUUUUCUUUGGAUAACGCCAAUUCCUGCAGCUUUGAAGAAGCGAUUUAUACCACUUAUUCUGCUUUUCUUUGCUUGGUCACAAUGAAUAGUGUGGCCGACCCCUUUAUCUAUGUAUUAGUCAGUGAAAAUGUGAGGAAAGACAUAUACAAAGCUCUACGAGGAUGGAGGAGUCAGGUUUUCGUUAAUAUCAAAAGUGACAACAGCACGCAACACAACAUUCAGAAUUCUACAGAACAACAGGCUGAAAAACAGACAUCCACACAACUUAUGGAUUUUCCAUAA